CGGGAGUAGCCAAGCGUUGUCUAUAUAAGUUGCCGCCGGGAGAAAGAGGCCCGAAAUAACCAAAGCCCCAUUGGCGUCAUUUGGCGUGAGGGCCGAGGACAAGAGCGAGGCUCCAACGGCUAUUUACCUUUUAUCUAUACCUCGUUUGCGUCUCUUUGAUCCAAAUGGAGCCCUCUUCCCGCGGCCCGGCCAGCUUCCUCACCCAGGCCAAUGCUCUCCUCAGGAAGAACCUUACCUUCCAGAAACGGAAUCUGAAGACGAACAUCGGAAUCAUUGGCUUCCCGGUCUUCAUCUGCGUGGUGCUUGUCAUCCUCCAGAAUGUACUCAACGAUCAGCUCGGCAAGGCCAAGUACCGAUGUGGAUGUGUCUGCAUCGAUACAAAUGGAGAUGGCAACUGCGAGACCGUCUGUGGGCUUCAAUACUCGACACCGGAUCAAGUGAACAGCUGCCCGAUACCCAGCCCUCCGAAGUGGCCAGCUCUAUUGCAAGUCCCUCGCCUUGCAUCUCGUGCCGUUCGAUCUGGUUUUGUUUCGUCCACGGACUUGCCGGAUGCGUCCUGCAAAGAUUCAAAAUCCUGUCCGGCUACUGUACUUUUCACGGGUCGUAACCAAACGCUGGCAGAAAGUCUGGCGGGGAAUUUGUUUAAGAGCACUUCUUCCUCGAUGAAUUUCUCAGAUUAUCUAAAUCUUCUAUCUAGUGUUGUACCGGGGUCGGACACACCGACCAGAGAUACACAAUUCAUCGAACCUGCGUUCGUCUCUGAUAGACCAUUAUAUGUGUUGCAACCUCAAUGCACAGCAAAUUUCACACGUUCAGUUUCCUUUGAGAUUUCUAACAGAACGCUUGAGCUAGAGGUAGAAUGUGUUCAAGGACUGUCAUUAUGGCGUGAUAGUUCAUCGGCAGUAAAUGAUGAGUUGUUUAAGGGCUACCGACAAGAGAAUACAAAAAGGAAGACAAAUGAAUACAUUGCAGCUUAUGACAUCCUGAACUCUGAUGAGAAUGGUUUCAACUUGAACAUUUGGUACAACUCAACCUAUAAUAACGACACUGGGUAUGUCCCAAUUGCAUUGUUGCGUGUUCCUCGCUCAAUGAAUGCGGCCUCCAAUGCAUACCUCCGGUUUCUAAGAGGUAUGGGCGUAAUGAUGCGACUUGAAUAUGUGAAAGACAUGCCAAAAUCAGGAACAGAUAAUAGAUUUGAUAUUUCUUCUCUCCUUGGUGCAUUGUUCUUCACGUGGAUUGUUAACCUACUUUUGCCGGUUAUAUUGAAUUACCUGGUAUACGAGAAGCAACAAAAGUUAAAGAUUAUUAUGAAAAUGCAUGGGCUAAAGGAUGGACCCUACUGGGUCAUAUCUUAUGCUUACUUUUUUUCUCUGUCAGCAGUCUAUAUGAUAUGUUUCGUGAUAUUUGGCUCUGUUAUAGGGCUGAAAUUCUUCACAUUGAAUGAUUACAGCAUACAGUUUGUAUUCUAUGCCAUUUACGUAAACUUGCAGAUUGUGACAGCCUUCCUAAUGGCAGCCUUUUUUUCUAGUGUAAAGACUGCUACAGUAAUUGGGCACAUAUAUGUAUUUGCUUCGGGCUUAUUAGGACAAUUUCUUUUGCGUUUUUUUAUGGAAGAUAGCUCAUUCCCAAGAGGUUGGAUUAUAGUCAUGGAGAUUGUUCCCGGGUUUUCCUUGUAUCGUGGGUUAUAUGAGUUUGCCCAAUAUGCUUUCAUGGGAGAUAAUAUGGGGACUUCUGGUAUGCGAUGGAAAGAUCUAAGUGACAGUCAGAAUGGAAUGAGGAACGUCUUGAUUAUUAUGACUGUGGAAUGGCUAGUAUUGCUUCCAGCUGCAUACUAUUUAGAUCAGGUUGCCUCAUCAGGAGGUAUCAGAAGAGGUCCUCUAUUUUUUCUGCAGUAUUUUCAGAAGAAGCCUUCAGCAUCUUUUCGAAAACCAAGUUUAAAGCGAGAAGAAUCCAAAGUUUUUGUAGAAAUGGAGCGACCUGAUGUUUCUCAAGAAAGAGAGGUAGUUGAGCAGCUACUAUUAGAACAGAGCACUAGUUAUGCAAUCAUCUCUGAUAACAUUAAGAAGGUUUACCCAAGAAGAGAUGGAAAUCCAGAGAAGUUUGCAGUUCGGGGGUUAUCUCUAGCUGUGCCUCAUGGGGAAUGUUUUGGCAUGCUUGGUCCCAAUGGUGCUGGAAAAACUUCAUUUAUCAAUAUGAUGACUGGACUUACUACACCAACCUCUGGCACUGCAUAUGUUCGUGGAUUGGACAUAAGGAUUGAUAUGGAUGAAAUAUACACAAGCAUGGGUGUAUGCCCGCAGCAUGACUUGCUUUGGGAAACAUUGACGGGCAGAGAGCAUUUAUUGUUUUAUGGUCGAUUGAAGAAUCUCAAAGGUGCUGCAUUAAUGCAGGCAGUUGAGGAAUCCUUGAAGAGUGUGAAUCUUUUCUACGGUGGUGUUGGUGACAAACAAGCUGGAAAAUACAGUGGUGGUAUGAAGAGGAGACUUAGCGUCGCCAUUGCACUGAUUGGUGAUCCAAAAGUUGUCUAUAUGGAUGAACCAAGUACUGGAUUAGAUCCAGCAUCAAGAAAAAACUUAUGGAAUGUUGUGAAGCAUGCAAAAAGAAAUCGGGCAAUUAUUCUCACUACACAUUCAAUGGAGGAGGCAGAGUACCUAUGUGAUAGACUGGGUGUCUUUGUGGAUGGAAGUUUGCAGUGCAUAGGAAAUCCAAAGGAGCUAAAGGCUAGAUAUGGAGGAUCUUACGUCUUUACCAUGACAACAUCUUCAAAUGAAGAGGAAGAGGUAGAAAGCUUGGUUCGACAGCUCUCUCCUAGUGCAAAUAGGAUAUAUCAUAUAUCUGGAACCCAAAAGUUUGAAGUGCCAAAGCACGAGGUUAGAAUUGCUGAUGUUUUCCGAGCAGUAGAAAUUGCAAAGAAGAAAUUCACCAUACAUGCUUGGGGCUUGGCAGAUACCACCUUAGAGGAUGUCUUCAUCAAAGUUGCCAAAGGAGCACAGUCAUUUAAUCUGCUCUCAUGAUUGUUAAUAAACUCAAGGUGCUGCAUAUAUUACUUUUGUUUGACGUUUUCGUUUGCUGAUGUCUCAAAUAGUUCCCACAGACAACUUGUUCUUCCUGCUGCUGUUGCUGUUGCAACAUCAGAGAUGGUUUGUUGCAUGCAUAAUGUAUUAUAGUAACUAAAUCUGUAGAUCCUGAAAUAUUUUUGUGGUUGUGUGCGGUUUUGAUCUUUAAUUUUGUUUUAGUGAAGUCUCCUUUCUGGCGAAA